CUCUCGAGGACUGACGUGACCGUUUUUUGCCGCUUUCAAGGUUGGGACCUCGCUGUAAGUUUCCGCGGGGGCCGAAAGCUCGGGAUCUGCCCUGGGCGGUCAAUGAUGUCAGACGGCUGAUGCUCCUGCGAAACAUCGACCGCUCCCAGGUUCCGCAAAGUACGAAGUACUACCUGCGUAUCAUCCAGUUUGUGUUCUCCCUUUGGCUGCCCCUUUGUUGUUUGCAAUAUGUGAUGCAGUGUCGAGAAAACAGUUGCCAACGGUUUCUUUCACCGCCAAGUCAGUCCCACUCGCGGUCACAACUGGCGGGAGCUAAUGCGGCCACCUUGACCGGGGCGCACGCCAUUCAAACCGACCAGCCAGGUACAGAGAGUGUCGGAAGACUAGAAAUCAGUCGAACUAUCUACAGCUAUAUCAACCAACCCACCACAUACGCGCACCGCGCAAAUACCUUAAGCUAUAUAUCUAAAUACAUAGAAUCAGAAUAUUGUACCCGAUUAAUGACGCGGAUAAUACGCGCUGAGAUCUUGAUGGUUUUAAAAACUGGUAAAUUUUUGCUAAAAAUCGCUAAGAUCUGCCAAGCUUUGCCAAGAUAUCUUCGAAAAGUUCGAACAAAAUCAAGAAAAACAGAAAUCUAUCGAUACCUCAACGCGCAUUAUCCGCAUCAUUAAUCAGGUACAGAAUUCGGAUUCUACGUAUCUAGAUAUAUUACUUGAGGUAUUCGCGCGGCG